CUGACGGUUGUGAGGACAGCUUCGUGCACAGAGACUGCAUCAGCUGCUGUCCUCCCACCUGCACCUUUGAGAAGGAAUGCCUGGGGAGCAACCUGCACUGCCUGGAUGGCUGCUACUGCCCCGAUGGGAUGAUCCUGCAGAAUGGGAGCUGUAUCUCAGUGUCUCAGUGCCCCUGUGUGUACCAUGGCUCUGCCUUCCCUCUGGGUCACGUGCUGGAGCAGGGAUGCAGUGUGUGUGUCUGCACGGGAGGAAUAUGGAACUGCACAGAAAACAACUGCACAGCGGAGUGCUCAGUGACCGGCGACUCCCAUGUGAGCACAUUUGACGGGCGGAUGUUCCUGCACAGUGGCGCCUGCCAGUACGUUUUGGCGAAGAGCCGGGGGAGUAGUCGCUUCACGCUGACACUGCAGUAUGUUCCCUGCGGAGAGGGUCAGGAGUAUGCCUGCAUGCACUCAGUCACGCUAGUGGUGGAAGAGGAUGUCAGUCGGCAAGUGACGCUCACCAGGGAGGGAGAGGUCCUGAUCGGCAUCAACCAGGCCGCCAACCUGCCCUACAGCGACGACACGGUGGAGGUGCGCAGGCUGAGCACCGUGUUCACGCUGCUGAAGACCAGCUUUGGUCUGCGGCUGCAGUUCGACCGCAGUGGGGGGCGGCUCUACCUGCAGCUGGACAGCAGUUGGAAGGGGCUCACGCUCGGGCUCUGCGGCACCUUCAACGGCAACCUGCGCGACGACUUCCUGUCUCCCUCAGGAAUGAUCGAGGGCACGCCCCAGCUCCACGCCAACGCCUGGAAGGUUUCCUCCGCCUGCAACACGCCCAUCAACGUGCCCAUCAUCGACCCCUGCGAAAUGAACCAGCAGAACGUGUUCUAUGCCUCCAUAUGUGACGUCAUCUCGGAGGAGCUGUUUGGACCCUGCCACGCCUACGUCAGCCCGGGCGUGUACCACCAGCAGUGCCGCUUCCAGGCGUGCCGGUGCGGGAAGGCCUGUCUCUGCACCGCUCUGGCACACUACGCCCGUGUCUGUGCCAAACACCGCGCCCCCGUCAACUUCAGGGCCCACGUGUCCGAGUGCGGGAUGGUGUGCCUGGGCGGGAUGAUGUACGACCCCUGCACCUCCACCUGCGGGCGGACGUGCCAGUCGCUGUCCCGUGGAGAGGUCUGCCCCGAGCGGGAGGAGGACUGCGCAGAGGGCUGCAGCUGCGCAGACGGGAGUUUCUAUGACGAUAUGCGCCAGCGAUGCAUCCAGGCGUCCCAGUGCCACUGUUACUUCAUGGGCUCAGUGUUCCAGCCCGGAGAGGUGUCCUUCAGCUCCUCUGGACCAUGCCUUUGCAGAAACGGCCAAAUGGAGUGUGUGCCUGAGGAGAGAGAGCCAGAGCAUGGAGAGUGCCCCCCAGGAAAGGUAUACUACAGCUGCAGGGAGCAGCAGGGGGGGGCGCCCCGUCUGGGCAUCGCCUGUGAGCUCACAUGUCGAAACCUGAUGAUGAAUCUCACCUGCCCUCCCAUGACGCCCUGCGUGCCUGGCUGCGGCUGCCCUGAAGGGCUGGUUCGGCACAAUGGAGAGUGCUACUUCCCAGAGAACUGCCCCUGUGCCUGGCUGGGCCUGGACUACCUGCCUGGAGAGACUGUGGCCACGCCCUGCUACAGAUGUGUUUGCCAUCGCGGCUUUUUUAACUGCACCCACUUCCCCUGCCCUGCCGUCUGCACCGCCUACAGCGACCGCCACUACCACACCUUUGACGGCCUGGAGUACGACUAUGUCAGCGACUGCCAGGUCUAUCUAGUCAAGAGCAUCAAUGACACCGAGAUCUCCAUCACCACCCAAAACAAAGACUGCUAUGAGAGUGGCAUCGUCUGUAUGAAGUACCUGGUGAUCUACGUGGGACUCACAAAAAUCUACUUCAGUGACAACUCUGGCAAACCGAGUGUCUCCACUGUGGUUGGGAAGGGUUUUGAGUUCCAGUUGCUGGGGGCUGGGUACUACACUGUGGUCCACUUCCCCAAGCAAGAGAUCACAAUUCUGUGGGACAAGAAGACCACCGUGCACAUCCGUGCUGGCCCCCAGUGGAAGGGGCGGCUCACAGGCAUGUGCGGGAACUUCGACACAGUGACGGCCAACGACAUGACCACCGCCGGCCACCUGGAGGUCAGCAACCCCCAGGCCUUUGGGGACAGCUGGGCCCUGGGCCAGUGUGAAAGUGAUUUUGUGGUGAAACGACCCUGUGAGGGAGAUUUGGGAAGACAGCCGUACGCUAAGAGAGAGUGUGCCCUGCUGUACAGCGACAUCUUCGCGCCCUGUCACAAUGUGGUGGAUGUGACCUGGUUCUACAAGAACUGCCUAACUGACACCUGUAACUGCAACCGGGGCGGGGAUUGUGAGUGUCUGUGCACCAGCGUUGGGGCCUACGCCCAUAAGUGCUGCCAACACGGCGUCACCAUCCAGUGGAGGAGCCCUACUGUCUGCCCUUAUGACUGCGAAUACUACAAUCAAGAGCUUGGAGAGGGGCCAUACACACUGUCCAGUGUGGCCUUCAACGACACGGUGCUGGCUGCCAACCUGAGCAGCGGGGAGGUCUUCCCCCUGCCCAAAAUCAGCCACUCGGGGGGGCCAGGCGAGCUGCUCUUCAACUUCAUGAUCACCGCUGGGCUUCACAAGGACCGCUUCUCCCGUCUCCCCAUCAUCUCCCUGGAGUCUGCUGAGCGACCCAACUACUUCCUGUGUGUGUGGGCGGGGCGUCGGCUGCGGGUGGAGCGCUGGAGCGCGGGGGAGGAGUUUCGACAGCGCGCUACCUUCAUCCACCACCGGGGGCUGUGGCUGCCAGGCCUGUCCUCCUUUGAGCUGUACAGCCAGAAGGGCUUCUUCCUCACACUGACCCGCGCUGCCGCACGUGCCAAGGCCUACGACCACUCCCGGGCCUUCAGACGGGUCAGCAGCUUCUCCAUCCAAGAGAGCAGUUUGCUCAUCCCGUAUCGGAUCAUGUGUGAGUGGAAGUACCAGGCCUGUGCCAGCCCGUGUGUGAGGACCUGCAGCGACCCGGAAGCCACGCUCUGCCACUUCCUGCCCCCGGUGGAGGGCUGUUUCCCGCGAUGCCCCAGGAACAUGAUCUUGGAUGAAGUCACCAGGAGAUGUGUUUACAAGGAGGACUGUAUUAUCCUUCCUCCAACACCAGCUCCUUACAUGUUUGUGACAAGGUCCAACAGAACCACAGCAGGACCAACCAGCACCACCCCCACCACCUCUCCAACAAGCACCACCACCACCACCACCACCCCACCAACCACCACUACUCCCAGCACCACCACCACCCCCCCCACCACCACCAUUACCCCUCGCACCACCACCACCACCACUCCCACCACCAGCUCUAGCACCACCCGCAGAACCUCCACAGUGGCUGUAACUGCACCCACCAGCCCCGUGGCCACUGUACGCAUCACUCUGCCCCCUGCCCCUGAGCCCACACAGGCUGCUACUCUCGUACCUUCUAGUCCUGUCCCACUUGUUACCACACCUGCCACCACGCCUAGUCCUGCCACCUCCACCCCUCCCCCCCUCACCACCAGUGCCCCACCCACCCCGACCCCCCCUGCCACCACCCAAACACUCCUCACUGUGACUACAGAGGCCACCACCUCCACCUUCCCCAGCACCAUGCCUACAUCCACCUCCUCCACUGUCCCCAUGACAACAGCAGCUCCCACCACCACUACUACCGAGGCCCUGCUCACCACCACAACUGCCACAACAGCGCCACCUCCAUCAACCACCCAACCCCCAUCUCUCACCACCGCCCAACCCUCCCUCCCCCCAACACAACCUCCCACCACUGAGGCCACACCCUCUCCCGCCACCAGCCCAUCUCCCACACACCUGAAGUCUACGGCAGCCCCGCCCAGCCCCAGCACCGAGACGGAGGUCGUCACGGUGACUCCUGCUCUCACCCCCCCGAAGCCCUCCCCUACACCUGAGACUGAGGUGGCUACUGUGCUGCCGCCAUUCCUUCUGCCCACGGCGCCUUGUACGCCCCCGUACUCGUACCGCGUGGACGAUUGCAGCGAGUACAUCUGCUUCAACGGCCAGCUGAUGUUCCACAACGCCUCCCUGCACUGCCGCUACAACGUCAGCCAGCCCCGCUGCGGCCUUCUGGGAAUGCCUGUGCAGACCAACCGUGACUACUGCUGCCCCCAGUGGCAGUGCCCAUGUCGAUGCUCCAUCAUUUCAGACCUGCGUGUCAUCACCUUUGACGGGAACAACGUGGCCCUUUAUGACAAGGGCUCCUACAUCCUGGUUCACCUUCCCAGAGAGAACAUUGUGGGCCACAUUGAGAAAUGCCCCACCAGCGAGAGCGUCAACUCUAUCAGGCGUCCUACGCCCACAGGCGGGACCUCGGGGCUGUGCUUUAAGAAGCUGAACAUCACCACCCAUUCCUACAGGAUAAUGAUCAACCGGCUGGAGAGGAAGGUAUCCGUGAACCAGAUCAGCGCACGCCUGCCAUUCACGCGGCAGAGUCUGCACAUCGACGACACGGGCACCAUGUACAUCAUCCACACGCCGGGGGGCAUCAGCAUCCAGUGGUACCACAGCACUGGUAUCAUCGUGCUUCAGUACAGCUCCACCAAUGCCUCGGCCGCCCGAACCCGGGGGCUCUGUGGCUGCUGUGAUGGGAACCCUGCAGAUGACCUGAAGCUGCCGAACGGCACGGUGGUGCGGGACGUGGAGGACAUCCCCCUCUUCCUGCACAGCUGGAUGGUGGACACGUCCGAGGAGACCGACUACUUCCGCCGUGUCGGGGACAACUGCACCACCGGCAACUGCAGCAAGUGUUUCCACAUGCUGAACCAGAGCCCCUUCUCUGAGUGCCACCACAAGGUGUCCCCAGAGCAGUUCUGUGAUAAGAUCUGGGCUGGGGACCUGCACUACAAAGACCACCAGUGUGACUUCCUGGCUGCGUAUGUUGCCAUCUGCUACACACACAAUGUCUGCAUCAACUGGAGAAAGCAGGACUUCUGCCCCUUAAAGUGCCCUCCCGGGAAGGAGUACCAGCCGUGUGUGAACACCUGUAAGACCAAGACCUGCCAGAACAGAGAGUACUACGAGGAGUCCACCUGCUCCUACAUCCGCGAGGAGUGUGUAUGCAAGCGGGGGACCAUCCUGCACCGGGCUGACUCUGCCUUCUGCGUCACUGAGGAUCGCUGUGUGUGCACAGAUAACGAGGGGCUGCCACGUGCUCCAGGAGAGGUGUGGAACAGCUCAGGGAAGAGCUGCUGUCUGUACCGUUGUAUGGAGAAUGGCAGUGUGGUGGCGGUGGAGCCCGACUGCAGCGACGUGCCCACCCCACUCUGUGAGAGGGAGGGAGAGUAUGCCAUUGCUGUGCUGGAGGAGGGGGCCUGCUGCCCCAAAAAGAUCUGCGAGUGCAACCUAACCAUCUGUGACACUGAGGCUCCUACCUGUGAAAACUGGAACAAGCUUGUGAUUGGCUACAGUGCCCUGUCCUGCUGCCCAGAGUACAGAUGUGAGUGUGACCCCCUGGCCUGCCCUGUAGCCCCGCCUCCUGACUGCAGGGAUGACCAGUUCCUGGUGGAGGUCAGAGAGGAUACAUCCUGCUGCUACUCCUUCCUCUGUGUUUGCGAGUCCUGCAUUGAUCCAGUCCCGUCCUGCAGCGAUGGCCAAAUUCUGGCUGUGCACCUGAACACGAGCCGGCGUUGCUGCCCUCAGUAUCACUGCGUGUGUGAUUCGAACCUGUGCCCCGAGGCCUCAGUGGAGUGCACCCCUGGAACAGCCCUGGUGCAGGAGAGUGUCCCGGGACAGUGCUGUCCAGACUGGCAGUGUGAGUGCAGCUGUCAGAAUAACUCUGCCCCUUCCUGUCAGGUGGGUGAAGUGCAGAUAGAGAUCCCUGACUCCAGCAGCCCCUGUGACUGUGCUCAGUUCAUCUGCAAGAAGGCGGAGGUGUGCCUGUUUCAGGGGGUGACUGUGCUGAGCCCAGGCCAGUCCAUGGUGCAGUAUGUGGAGGGAGACCUGUGCUUCACUGUGCAGUGCCUGCAGGAGAGGGACCCGGACACCGGUUUCUUUGCCAUGGAGGUGUCCAGUGUGAACUGCUCAGAGAAGUGUGGGCCUCAUCAGAUCUAUGUCCCCUCCAAAGACCCUCACGUGUGCUGUGGGUCCUGCAAGAACGUGUCCUGCUCUUACCCCAGUGAGAACGGCACCGUCCUGCUCUACCUGGCGGGCAGCUCAUGGCUGGCUAACUGCACACGGUAUGACUGUGUGGAGACGGCGGUAGGAGCAGUGGUCCUGGGGUCUGCUGUGGUCUGCCCCCCCUUCAACGACUCUGAGUGCCUUCAGAAUGGUGGGGUGGUGCAGAACUACAUCGAUGGCUGCUGUAGGACCUGUAAGGAGGAUGGAAAGACCUGUAAAAGAGUGGCCAUCAGAACCACUAUCAGGAAGGACGACUGCAGGAGCAAUGCACCUGUGAUGGUCUACUCCUGUGAUGGGAAGUGCCCCUCCGCCACCAUCUUUAACUUCAACAUUAACAGCCACGCCCGUUUCUGUAAGUGCUGUCGAGAGAGUGGCCUGGAGACGCGCACAGUGCAGCUGUACUGCACACGCAACAGCACCGCUGUGGACUACACCUUCCAGGAGCCCGUGGACUGCUCCUGCCAAUGGAGUUAGAGCAGGGGGGCGGAGCCUGCUGGGAGGGGUAGGGCCUGCCUGGAGGGGAGGAGCAGGCUGAUCUUGCAGGAAGUGCCACUGUAAUUUCUCUAGUUUCUCUCACAAAUUAUUUUUAGCCGGCCAGGAGACUUUGAUUACAUUGCUUCAUAUUGCAGAAUAGAUUCAUUCUUUUGUAAUUUGCUUCUCUUUUAAUUGAUAAUCAUUUUUCUGCCACUCACAGUGACACUUACAUGAGUGAUGAUGGAUUUUGUAUUUUACUGUAGGUUUUAUGAAUAAUUUCAUUUUGAUUGCCAAAAUAUUUAAAAGUGAUUAUUUAACUGAGCUAUUAGACACUUUUUAAAAUGGAUUCCUCGUAAAAUGACAAUCCCAUGCUACUGGUCAAACCUGCAGCUUCUUUAUUACUAUACCCUUUAAUGGUAUAAUCUAUAGACUGAUAACCUUUGAAUAAAUGUGAGUGUCCUUUGGACAUCAUUAUCCUGGACCUUUUCUCAGUAGAAAUUACUUCCUUUGAUAUUUUUACCUUAUUAGUUUCUUCUAUACAAGUAAUCUAAAUCAAUGUCAGAGUCAAAGCACAACAAUAAAGUGGACGAUUUCAUCAGUUUUAUA